AUCCAGAGCUCCCUCUCACAGCAGCUCACUGGGAGCUGGGAAAUUACAAGGGCCAGGCAGGGACUGCUAGGGAGACCAAAUCAGUGUCACUUUCACAACUUUCCUUCCCUUUCAUGUGUGAGGCUGCUGCAGGCUGACUCAUUGUCUCCUCCAAGAACAGACAUCACAUAACCCCCCCAAACCCAUGGCAGUCACCCAGAGGGAGCCCUGCUUAUUAAGGAGGGAUCACAGAGUCUGACACUGGUCCUCACAGCACAGAUCACCUACAGGUAUGGUUUAUGGUGUCUUUAGCUACAUUUACCCUGUGUUUUCUAGCCAAAAUAGCAUUGAACAUGCAUGAUUUAUCUUCCAAACCUGCAAAGAUCUGCUUUGUCAAGCCCCAAAUUCCUGUGCAGGGCUAGUACACUGCAAACUAGCUUGCUUUCUCUUCAACAAAAAGUGAAAGUUUUAUUGAUGCAAUUAUUUAUUCAGCUGAGAGGUGUCUCAUUCAGGUACAGAGAACACAGUGAGACAUGUCCCCUGCCUGCUCUCAGCAAUCCCUGCAGGUUGGGGCAUUCACACACCCAGCACAGCUUACUGAUAAGGGGAUGGUGGGAGCAGGUAGGUAGCCCUGGACAUUUAGAAUUCUUUAUUUAUUUAAUCUAGGACAGAUGGGAAGCGGCAGAAUGUUCCUGGCAUGUUUUAAGCUUUCUGAGAUUUACAUGUGUAAAUGUAAUUAAUAACAAAUCCAAUACAACAAAUACUAUCUAUACUUAGAAUACUGAAAAUGUAAGUGGAAUUGGAAACGACAUGCGUGAUGUUUGCAUUUCUAUACUCAUAUUUUAUGUUAUGUUUUAUUUCUAUAUUUCUAUAUAAGUUAUAUAUCUGCGUAGUGUAUGUAUUUACAUAUUAUGUGUGCGUAUAUUUUAUAUAUGUAGUGUUGGUAUAUUUGUAUAUACUUGAAAACGAGAGAAAUCUCAAUGUAUCUUUCCUGGUAAAAUAUUUUAUAAAUAAAUAAAUAAUAUAUAUAUAUUCUGGUAUAAUAUGUAAUUAUAUUUCUAUACGCUGCGUGCAUAUAUAUAUUUUUUAUACUAUAACUAUGUACCAGUUCUCUAUAAGAUUAACACACGCGGAGAUAGGAUACUAAGGUUUAUAAUGAUCUGUAUGCUGAACUCAUUAUGCAUUAUAUUGUAUGUUAAAGUUCUGACCAUCUUCUGUUUGUUUCUAGGGCUCAGCCUGUAUGCAGCUCACAUCCCAUGCCAUCCAGUGUUCUGCGUCUGAAGAGCUUGCACUUUAAAUCGAGGGAUUCUAGGCUCCCCUAUAUACGAGGUUUGGUCCUGAAGCUCUCCCCCCACCCUGAGUUCAUUGUAGCUCUGUAGCCUAGCUUCCUGUUUUCCUGGAGGCUCCUCUGGACUCUGUGCACGUUUUGUGUUGUAGCCAGCUCUUGGAUGGGAGAAAUCUGCUAUUAAACACCCAGCCAGGCGUAGCCCUCGCAACAAGCUGCCAGCCUGGUCUUUUUGUUGCCCCAGGAUAAACUUUGUAGCCUUCCGCAGCCUUGGAUACAUUGACUUGUUGGUGAAACUGUGGAUCGUCGCAUAUCAUUCUAGAUUAUGGCAAUGGUGGUCAAUCCAUGGCAGGAGGACCUCCCUGGGGUUCCUGGCUCCCACGUGAGCAAUCCACCAGGAAUUUGUAACCAGGACCCAGGAGGGGCCCCUCAAACCCCAAGUACCCCUAAAGGGACAGCCCCAGGUCAGGAUCCAGUUCAUUCAGGGGACAAAGGGGUGCCCAAUGUGGACUGCAUGGUGUGUGGGGACAAGUCGAGUGGGAAGCACUAUGGACAAUUCACCUGUGAGGGCUGUAAGAGCUUCUUUAAGAGGUCAGUGAGGAGGAACCUGACAUACACCUGUAGGGGCAACAGGGACUGUCCCAUCGACCAGCACCACAGAAACCAGUGUCAGUACUGCCGGCUGAAGAAAUGCCUCAAAGUGGGCAUGAGAAGAGAAGGUGAGUCCGGGUGAGGGAGUAUGUGGGGCAUAUAUAAAGCACUGACCUCCCAACUGCCCACCUACCCAAUAUGACAUCAAUAGAGUGAUAACGUUCCCAAGCUUGUCAGAAGCCUUCCUCAGCACAUCACGUAAAGUUCCUGCAAUUGAGUAUCAUCACACCCUUGUAUCAGGCUUUUUAUACACUCUGAACCUUAAACUUUAAUCAUAACCUGUAUUUUUAACGGUCACGCAACAUAUCGUGAAGCCUUUAUCGCCCCUAACCUUUAAUGAAAAAUGGGGUUAUUAUAAACUGAGCGCCUGGGAUAAUCCCUCUUUAAACCACGGGGUUUGUAAAAUACUUUAUUUACUUUAGCCUCAUCCCAACAUCAGGACAAAACGCUAAUCCGCUGUGUGAAAAUAAAUAAAACGAUAGCACCUACAAACCCCGAACAUUUAGGAAAUAAAAUUCAUUAAUUUCUAGGAUUUUAAAUUUCAAUAUACGCCUGCCAAAAUAUUCUGUAAUUAAACUAAGUAUCGAAUAUUAACCUGUGUUUAUACAAACAAACAAAUAACUGGACAGCACUUUAGAGACUAUUUUAAGAAAAUGAAAAACUUUUAUUCUGUCAACAUACAUAUAAAACACACACUAUCUUUAUAUAUUAUAUAUAUUUGUCUGCGGGUGUAUACAAUAAUAAAAUGCAAAUGUAUAUUAGUUGAUAUGUAUGUAAUAGAAUAUAGAGUUAUUUAAAUUGUGUGUUCAAAGGAAAUAUAUUUCUAUAUACACACACAUUUUAUUUGCAAAUAUAAGUAUUACAUGUCCCUAGUAUUGUGAAUUGUGAUAACUAAAAAAAAAAGCUAAAUAAUGAUAAUAUUAAAUAACAUUGUAGAAAAUAUUUAUUCUACAUUUUCUUUUUGUAUUUCACACAUUUUACAUAAGGAUAACGUGUGAAAUGCUACAGGAUUAAUAUUAAAGAUAAAAUAAAUAAAAGUAGAGGAUAAGGACAGCGAAUAUAACGUUUGGAGAAUGUAUUUUAUUCUAAAACAACAAACUUUAUACAAUCAGCUUUUUAUUACAAAUAUAAAACAAUAAUUCCCUUAAUAAUCUCUACAUACAUCACUGUCUCUCUCUAUAUUUAUCAAUUAACCGACACGUUUUGGCAAAUUGCAAUAAUUUCCCAUGUUCAUUCUGCCAGUUAUUUAAUCUAACAUAAAGCAGAUUAAUGCCCCAUUUACCAGCACGAUAUUAACCCCCCAUGCCUGGUAGCCCCCCUCCCAGUGGCAUGUCAAGCAGACGAUGUUGUGGCCUUUCCUGGCCGGCCCUGUGAAUCCCGUUUACUUUGGGGGAGAAAUUCCAGGUUUUUAUUGAAUCACCACAUGUGAAUAGUCCUUUUCUUUGAGGAGGGUCUGCACUUUCCAUCAGUGAGAAGGGGGUCUGCCUUAACCCAUCACUGGCCAGACUGGCAUUAUGUGAUUAUAUUGACACACUGUAAUAAUUAGAAUUAUACGGAAUAUUCCCUGUCAGACCAUCACUGACGGAGUCUUUACCUCUUUCCCCAUCCAUAAUCAGUUACAUGACAGGGCAGAUUGCAUGGAGUUUAUUUAUUAUUUUUGUGGGGGGGGGGAGAGGAAUACUUAAAACAAGAAUCUGGCCCAGCAGCAUUCCUGCCCCUUUAUCUGCACAGAUAUGUGUGUUUUUGUAGGCUGUGUGUAUGUGUGUACGUACAGAUAAAGUGUGCGCUGCUCUGUAGGUGAACAUAGUCUUUUGUGUCUGUUUACAUGUAUGUGUUCAGGGGUCUGUAAGUACCCCGCCAUGUGCCUCUCCUUACCCAGCUGGGGUUCUGUGCAGGAAGCUGCUUCAUGACUUGUUGCAUGUCGUAUACCUGUCUGCACACAUUCACACAACAUGAUAUGAAUUCCAGAUAUCAGCAUAUGUGCACGCACAUACACACAAACAUACAUAUAUACAAACAGGCUCACACACACACAUACAUAUAUACAAACAGGCUCACACACACACACAUACAUAUAUACAAACAGGCUCACACACACACACACACACACAUAUAUACAUACAUGCAAAAUAUACAUACAUACAAACAGGCUCAACACACACAUAUGUACAAACAGGCCCACACACACACACACAAACAUACAUACAGACAGGCUCAACACACACAUAUGUACAAACAGGCUCACAAAUAUACACACACAUACAUACAAACUGGCUCACACACACACAGAGUAAUGCAUGAGAUAUAUUGUAUCGUUAGUGACUAUAAAUCGAAACAGUUAGAACCAGAAAUGAUUUGCAUCCGAUAUCUCAGUUAAUAUCUUUAUUAUACCCAGGGGAAUUACACCUAUUCCGCUAACAGUCUGCCCACCCUUUGCCAAACGCUGAUUCUCUUCUCUUUAAUCUCAUUGUCACAUUAUGCUGAGAUUAAUAGAACAAGAUUUAAGGAAAAAAUAAAUGAGGUAAUUCAUGUAAUGUGUGGGUGUAGUUUUAUAAAUUAUCUAUACUAUACAUGUGCAUAUACACAAGCACACACACAAUAUGCUUCUAUUGUAACCUCACCAACAUAAUUCGAUUUAUUCAUUAUACAGUGAUUUGUGGGGAUGUGAAAAAAACUAAAAUGCCAGAAUUGAAAAAAAUAUCUCAACUUUAUUGAAGUGGAAUAUUUUUAGCUUGGUUAAUUUGUUUGAAAUUGUGCACAUCAAUUCUUCAGUCAGCACAAUACACUACUUAAUGAACAGAGACACAAUGUCAACGUUGCACACAGACACACACUAGUUAAUGACGGCAUUCUAGUUAAACCAGGUCCCACGGUCCUCACUAUGGCCCCAGUCUCUGUUAGAAAAAUAAAAACAUGGGGAUUUAUUGUGCUCAGUUGACAAUCAGCUUGCAAAUUUGUACCAUAAUAGCCAGGUUACAAAAAUAACUUACUUUCAGCACAUGAUUUGGGGUAACAUUUUGCGAAUGGGUCGCCAACUCACCCCAACAAGAAAUAUAGACACAAGAUAUUCAGUUGAAUUCAGUGACUUUUCUUCAUUCUUAGCUAUUUUGGCUUGAAAAUGGCAAAUUGUCCACAGUUUAGUGUCUCGUCUCCUAGGAGUUGCAAUUUGAAUAAACUAUUUGCAGAUCUGAUGGGGCGUUCUAAGUAAAUGCAGGAAAAUGUCUCUAUUACACAAAUACGUCAGCCAUCUUUCUAUCCAGCUGAUCUUCUCCUCCUGAUACAAUCUCUGAGGUCAUUCGGGGAAUGUCUAUAAAUAUUUUAUACAUUCUGUGAUUGUUAUUAUUAUUUUUAUUAUUAUUUAAAAAAAAUUUGAUGGAAAAAGAUCAUUUAUCCCUAUUGAUCCAAAAUACUUCUAUAGCUGUACAUAUAUGUGUAAAUAAAAUAAAUAUCAUAAUUAUUAAAAUAAUAUUUUAAUAAUGAUAAUAUUUACACACCAAUAUAUGAAAGUGAAUCUACAAUUCAUAAUAAAUUCAAAUGUUUGAAUUUAACUAUAGUUAUUUUUUUUCACCAGUUUAUUUUUCUAGAAUACUCAAAAUUUGCAAAAUUUGAAUGUAUUUUUUAUGAUUUUGGACACUUUUUUAAAUAGUGUUUUGUUAAACUCUUGCAAAUCUUUUUGCCAAAGCAGAGUUUCCCACAAAGAGGUAAAGGAUUUGGCCCACUUAUUCCUUAUUUCCAUCUUAGUGUCUCAAGGAAGGGCUUAAAUAGCCAAUUUAAAAAAAAACAAAAAAACAUAUAAAUGACAUAAAGAAUUAUGAAAAAAAAAUUAUCUAACUAAAUAUAUAAAUAUAAAUAAACACACCUUAACUAAAAUGUAUACAUGAAAUCAAAAUGUCCAAAGAACAUACGGCAGUAAUGACAAUUCUAGACCCAUUAAAUAACGUUAAAAUAUUGCAUUUCUAGAGCCUUUUUAAUAUAUAUUUCACUAUAUGUUAUUUAAAAUUAUAAAUGGGAGUGCAAUGGGAGUCAUGGAUAUUAGAGAAAGUCUUUGAAUUAACAGCUCUGUUUGUUAAAACCUACAAUCUGAAAAAGGCAAUAUAAAGAUAUAGAGAUUUGUCGACUAAACCAGGAAUUAUAGAAUGGGGCAGAGGAAUUGAAAAUGGAAGAAAUAGUUGAUUUGGAGUUUUUUCCCCAAUUCGGCAAUUUUUUUUAAAUUGACUUGUUAACCGCCGUGUAGAUUGCCCAGCAUUCCUUGUUUUGAAUUGAUAUUUUAUAACGCUGGAUUAAUCAGUGAUGACAUCAACGUGUUUUAAAGCAGCCGCAGGAUGGGAACACGAGACACGUUAUCGAUCAGUGUUUAUGUACGUAGCUAUUUUCAUGUGUGAUGAUUCGGGAGUAUGAUAAAUGUCUAGUGAUUUCAUUGGUGAUCAGCGAAGUGAAGAAUAUGAAAUGAUGGCUCAGACUAAAAAUGAAAUAGGUCAUUUUGGGAUGGUGGUUCACAAUUUGUGCAAUCCAUUUAAAUCUGAUUAAUGUCCCAGACGUGUGGUUUUCUGGCGUGUGCAGCCAUGUUGGAUAUAUUACAGAUAGCGAGACGGAACGUGGUGUGCUCAGUUAUGACAUCACUUCCGGCUCUGUUGUUUUGGCUUUUUAUAAUAAUAUAAUAAAUAUUGGUAGUUACAAUCUGGGCAUCAGACUCCUGGCCAAUGCCCCCAUGCCAUGCACAUUGGCGUAAAAUGGCGGCUAUCUCGUCGCACUGCCAUAAGACAUGAUAUGAAACCUUUUCAGGUGUGACAUCAGAGUCACGUGACUUGGAAAAUUCUCAAACCAGCUUUUGUUAAUUUGGCCUAAAUGUGAAAUUACUGCCCUCCGCCCCCACAGUUAUACUUUCACCUUUCAAUUCGUUUUUCUUUUCAAACCUGAUCAGAUUUCACAUACAUUUGUGGUUUGUUUAGUUUUGUCUUUACCUCACAAGGUAACGUUACUAUCUUAUUAUAUUAAAUUUAAAUUUGUAACGUGUCGUGGAUAAACAAUGUGGAUGAAUUUAUAAAUAAAUAUUUCCGUCAGACACAUUCAGUUUUGUAAGACAGGCCGGACAUUUCUCAUUCUCUGUUACCUGCAGGGCAUCGAAUUGCGAGGGGCGUUCAAAUAUAGAUUGUAACAAGUUUGGGAAAAACAAAUAUUUGUAUUGAGCUGUGUUCUCAGUCUUUCAAAAUAUUAUCCCAUCUGAUCUAUAUACUUCAUAUGUUAUUAUAUCAACCUACACUACUUGCAGACCGGCAUUGGGAUGUAAUGUACCCAGCAUGGACCUGUUAUGAGCGGUCUUUUUAUAUAUUAAUAUAUAUAGACACACUCUGCCUUCAUUACUCUAUUCGUUUGUACUGAGUGUCCCGGGUUUAUUUGCAGUAAUUGUAGGGAACCCACAAGCUCCCCAGGCAGUCUGCUUGUCUUGUACAGCCUGUGUUACUGUGGUCUGACGGUAAUUGUAUCAGUGUACAGCAGAGGUGGCGAAGCAUAUGUCCCAUGAUGCACAGGGAGCUCAUAGACUGAAUCAGCCACAAUUAUCAGCAUUCCCAGGACUAACCAGCGUAUAAAAUGUAUUCCUACGUUAUAAUUCACCAUGGAUUCAUUUAAUUAACAUUCCCUUGCCAUUAUCCAGUCGGUACCCCUGUAUAUUGUACUGGGAUCUUUGUCACUACAAAGUAAAAAACAAUAUAUGUCUAAAGAUGUAUCACGUGUCUGAAAGUUUACAAUAUAUUGAUACAUACGGAUUUAGCACUCAUUACUGCACGAUAACACAAACAGCGUUUACAAGUGGCCAGAAAUUUCGUUCCAAAUCAGCAUUUUAUAAAAAUCAAAAAGUAUUAUUUUAUUAAUAAUAAGCAUUUAUUCAGCAGAGGUAAAUUUAGUUUUUCACUAGUUUCUAGAUAUGUCUCGGUUUUAUUACACAAGUCGACCUUGACAGGAAUCGCACCUGUGAUUUUGAUACUGACGCUGGAGCUCUAUCUACUGAGCUGUCUCACCACCAAACCCUUACACUGACUGCAGCUCGUCCGUACCUGCUAUUAACUAACAGAAUCAUCGAUGACAUUUGUGAACAGAAUUUUUGGGUAUAAAAAAAGAAAAAGGAAUUUGCUAACUAGGAAGUUUGGCUUGUUAAAUGACAACUCUGUCUGUGAGAGUUUACAAGUAUAAUAUUUUAUUAAUAGUCCAUUCUUUGUCAUAGGAACAAUAGCCCUGUGAGUCCUGUAGAGUUUGCGAGCCGGGUUUUAAGAGGAUCCCAAGCUACGUUCACUUAAUUAUUUGUUUAACUUAGCUGCUUUUUAUUGGGCAAAUCAACAGACCCUCAAAAAAAGAAUAUAAGCCAGUUUGUGUUCAUUUAUUGGGGAUAAGAUAUUAUUCUGAUAAAUUCUAUUCUGUAGAAUUUAAUUCAUUAACCUUUACAUUUUGAAUAUAUGUCUGUAAUAGUCUAAAAAAUAUAUAGAAACCGCCGCUGGGCUGGUGCAAGAAGCCAGGUGCAUGUUGGGGGAAUCCAGGCUCUGGAGAACAUAGUUAGAUGUUAUUAAAGAAUCUUUUAAAGCUGACACUCUAUUUAAAAAUAAAUUGAACACAUUGCAUAUAGUAUAUAGGUUUUUUUUUCUAGGAGCCAUUGGAUAAUUUAAAGAUGAUGAACAGAACUUUGAGAUGUGAAUUUGGAGACAAACCUGGCUUUUUUAAAGGUCUUUCCAUUUUUCUCAAAACUGGCGGCUUAUAUGGGGGUGAAUGAUUUGGUUAAUGCUUUUCAUUUAUUUUAAGUAGUUGCAGAUUAGAUUGAAAAAAAAAAUAACAGAGAAAUAGCAUUGCUUACAGUAUAGCAUAACUUGACUCAAAAAGGAUUUGUUAAAGAUGCCUUAUCUGAGGUGCAUAUACUGCGCGACAGAUGGAGCCUCUUUUUUUUAACCUAUAUUUGUUCGACAUUCGUACACUGACAAGAGGAUUGCAUAUAUUGCAUAAUAAAAAAAAAUACAAAAAUAUAUAUAUAUUUAUCUUAAAAUAGAUUAAAUAAAUCUAAACAAUAGAAAAAAAAAUUAGAAUAAAUAAAAACUGAACAAUGGUUUAAAAAAAAUCACAAAUAUCUGAAUUUCUAUUUGUAUUUCAAAAAGAUUCUGCAGUUUAGAUAGCUUUAGAGGCAAGAGAAGAUCUCGUAGGGCAAUCUAAGGUAUAAUGUAUAAACGUUAAACAUUGUGCUCUAACAUACGCAACAAACAGUUCUAAUGAAAAUAUUCACUAAAACAAACUUGCUCGCUUAGAUUUCUAUACAGUAUAUAAACUGUUGUGUAAAUUGAAUUGAUACAUUUUGGUGAUUAAUAGAUGGUUAGACUGGGUGUCCCCCAAAUAAAAUUCCUUAUACAACUCCCACUGAUAAAGAAUCAUUAAUCCACCGUCUGCUCAAGGCACUGAGAGGGUUAAAACAGGUUAACAGUGUGACGGUUACCUGCCUCUUAUCCUCAUUCUUCACACCUUUCAUGUCACCUUAAAAGGUCAGGACUUUCCAACACAGAAGUGACAGCCAAUAUUUAAUUAUCAGGCAGCAGAUCACAUUGCACAAUACCUUCAAAAAGUCCGCAGGUUGUCAGUCAUUUCAAAAUAGUUUAGAGAAUUAUUCUGCUUAAAUCUCUGUGACAGUUUUAGACUCCCAGGGAAAUAGUGCUCCUGGCCCUCAAAUGCCACAAUUAGUAGCCAGAAAAACUCACUAGUUUGUCUUGAUUUUCUGGUAAAAGGCGAUACUACAUUUUACAAGAAGGACAUUGAUUGAGCGUAAUAGAAAGGUUAACUAGGCCGAGUUAAAAAGUUUACAUAAACAAAAAGACACAACAAGAACAUUGCCUCCGAGCAGGGGAGGGGUGGGGGUCAGGGGGGGUGGGUGUGGGGGGUCAGGGGGAGAAAAACAGCAAUAUUAAGCAAUUUCAAACAACAAUACUGGAGGAAUUAUGGGGCAGAGUGCUAAACGUGGAGAAUGUGCUAAAUGUGGAGCAAUGUACUAAAUGUGAUAAAUGUGGAGCAGUCUGAUAAAUAAGGAGAAAUGUACUAAAUGUGCUAAAUGUGGAGCAAUGUGAUGAAUGUGCUAAAUGUGGAGCAAUGUGAUGAAUGAGGAGAAAUGUACUAAAUGUGGAGCAAUGUACUAAAUGUGAUAAAUGUGGUGCAAUGUGCUAAAUGUGGAGCAAUGUACUAAAUGUGAUAAAUGUGGUGCAAUGUGCUAAAUGUGGAGCAAUGUACUAAAUGUGAUAAAUGUGGAGCAAUGUGCUAAAUGUGGAGCAAUGUACUAAAUGUGAUAAAUGUGGUGCAAUGUGCUAAAUGUGGAGCAAUGUACUAAAUGUGAUAAAUGUGGUGCAAUGUGCUAAAUGUGGAGCAAUGUACUAAAUGUGAUAAAUGUGGUGCAAUGUGCUAAAUGUGGAGCAAUGUACUAAAUGUGAUAAAUGUGGUGCAAUGUGCUAAAUGUGGAGAAAUGUACCAAAUGUGCUAAAUAUGGAGCAAUGUGCUAAAUGUGGAGCAAUGUACUAAAUGUGAUACAUGUGCUAAAUGUGGAGCAAUGUGAUAAAUGUGCUAAAUGUGGAGCAAUGUACUAAAUGUGGAGAAAUGUGGAGCAAUGUACUAAAUGUGGAGCAAUCUGAUAAAUGUGGAGCAAUGUACUAAAUGUGGAGUAAUGUGAUAAAUGUGGAUCAGUGUACUAAAUGUGGAGCAAUGUGAAGCAAUGUACUAAAUGUGGAGCAAUGUGAUAAAUGUGGAGUUAUGUGCUAAAUGUGAUGUGCUAAAUGUGGGGUGAAGUGCUAAAUGUGGAGAAAUGUAAUAAAUGUGGAGAUAUGUGCUAAAUGUGGGGUGAAGUGCUAAAUGUGGAGUUAUGUGCUAAAUGUAAUGUGCUAAAUGGGGUAAAGUGCUAAAUGUGGAGCAUUGUGCUAAAUGUGGAGCAGUGUACUAAAUGUGGAGCAAUGUACUAAAUGUGGAGCAAUGUGAUAAAUGUGGAGCAGUGUACUAAAUGUGGAGCAAAGUGAUAAAUGUGGAGCAAUGUGAAAAAUGUGGAGUUAUGUGCUAAAUGUGGAGCAAUGUGAUAAAUGUGGAGCAGUGUACUAAAUGUGGAGCAAUGUACUAAAUGUGGAGCAAUGUGAUAAAUGUGGAGUUAUGUGCUAAAUGUGAUGUGCUAAAUGUGGGGUGAAGUGCUAAAUGUGGAGUUAUGUGCUAAAUGUAAUGUGCUAAAUGGGGUAAAGUGCUAAAUGUGGAGCAUUGUACUAAAUGUGGAGCAAUGUACUAAAAGUGGAGCAAUGUGAUAAAUGUGGAGCAAUGUGAUAAAUGUGGAGCAGUGUACUAAAUGUGGAGCAAAGUGAUAAAUGUGGAGCAAUGUGAUAAAUGUGGAGCAAUGUGCUAAUAAUGUUGUAUAUAUGAAGCAGUCACCCUGGAAACCACAGAAAUGUUACUAAUUAUGGCCCCAAAAAGAGCACUUUGUCCCCACAAUCACAUUGCCCUUAAAGGACAUUAAGAUGUGUUGCCAAGCAAAAAGUGACUUUUUUUUAAAAUUUCUACAGGAACUUUGUGAUGAUUCCCAUGGCAACCUCUGGUUACUAUGGUGACUGCUUCACUUUUAGAAUUUUGCCCCACUUUUCUAUUAUUGACAGGACAGGCCUAGCUAAAAUCAUCUGAAUAUUUCUUUUUUUCCUACAACACGUAUGAUGCACAGGCAGACUAAUCAGAAUGACGCUCUUACCCAAAGGUAUUACACUGUCCCUGGAGUAACCAGAAUACUCCAUGAAUUAGGCAGGCUACAAUUUUAAAAACAUUUUAGAAAUAAAAAGACAAUAUAAUAACUUUUUGCCAAUAAUUUGUUUUAGUAUUUGCCUCUGUAGUGGCCGUUACACCCUGUGAUCAGGGUAACGUUACUCUGGAAGCAGGGAGCCUCAUACGGAUGGUGUAUGGGAUGUGGGGGGUGUCACAUUGUCACCCCAUCUCUUACAUUGCAUUAGCUGUAUUAUGACCUAAGGGGGGAGGAUUGUGGCACAGAAAAAGGCAGUGACUGGAACGGCAGCAUUGUGAAUGCACUAAAGAAAAACUUAAAAUAGAUAUACUAUAUGGACAAAGCUAUUGGGGCACAUCUCUUAAUUAUUGAAUUUUUCAAUCAGCCCCAUUGUCACAGGUGUAUCACAUCUAGCACCUAGCCAUGCUGUCUGCAUUUACAAACAUGUGUGAAGCCAAUCCCUGAUAGAUAUUCCACGGUCAACUGUAAGUGGUAUGCGUUUAGAAACAGCAGAAACUCAGCCACGAAGUCAAAGACCACGUAAAGUCACAGAGCGGGUUACUGAGCUGAGGCGCAUGGUGUGUAAAAGUUGCCAACGCUCUGUUGAUUCCGUAGCUGAGGAGUUCCAAACUUCCACUGGCAUUAAUAUCAGCACAAAAACUGUGCAGAGGGAGCUUGAUGGUAUAGGUUUCCAUGGCUGAGCAGCUGCAUGCAAGCCUCACAUCACCAAGUACAAUGCCAAGUGUCAGAUCGAGUGGUGUAAAGCACGCCGCCACUGGACCCAGGAGCAGUGGGAAACACGUUCUGUGAAGUGACAAAUCACGCUCCUGCCUGACUGCCUUGUGCCGACUGUAAGGUUUGGUGGAGGAGGGAUAAUGGCAUGGGGCUGUUUUUCAGGGGUUGGGCUAGGCACCUUACUACCAGUGAAGGAAAAUCUUAUUGUGUCAGCAAGAUAUUUUGGGCAACGCUAUGCUUCCAAUUUUAUGAAAACAGUUUGGGGAAGGCCCUCUUCUAUUCCAGCAUGACUGUGGUCUAGUACACAAAGCAAGGUCCAUAAAGACAUGAUUUGAUAAGUUUGAUGUGGAAGAACUUGACUGUCCUGCACCGAUCCCUGACCUCAACCCCACUGAGCACCUUUGUGAUGAUCUAGAACAGAGAUUGCGAGCCAGGCCUUUUUGCCCAACAUCAGUGGCUGACCUCACAAGUGCUCUACUGGAUAAAUUGGCAGAAACACUCCAAAGUCUUGUGGAAGGCCUCCCCAGAAGAGUGGAAGCUGUUAGAGCUGAUAUGGGGGACCAACUACAUAUUAAUGUUUUUUGUGUUUAGAAUGCAAUGUCAUAAUAGCCCAUGUUGGUGUAAUGGUCCGGUGCAGCAAUACUUUUGUCCAUACAGUGUGUGUAUUCUACGUGAAAGGUUUUAAAAUAACCUGCAAAUGGUGGGUGUGAUGCAUAUACCAUCUAAACUUAAAAAAUUAUAUUUCAUGGUUAUUUUUCACUAAGCUGGGGGAAACAAUUUGCCGAUGCCCUCUUUUACUUCCUGUUUUGUAGUACAGCCGCCUGCAUGCUCACAGGAAGGGCUCUAAAGAGCAAGUGCAAAAUAAAUGCCUUCCCCAAUCUAGAUAAAACCAGCAGUGUAAAUUAAUAUGUCUUAAAAUCUGUUAAAAUUUAGAAGUAUAUUUUUUUAUGUUUCUAAACCUUUUUAAAAAAAAGUCUAUAAUAAUGCAAGAUGUAUCUUCAGCCUCAAAGCUUAUCUAAAUGUAGCAAUUUGUGCGGUGUGUCCAUUUUCUUUGAUCUUCCUCAUGCACCUGAAUAGCCUAAGUCCUGUGAAUUUGAGAUGCCCCUUUUCUUUAUUAAGAGGAUUUCAUCGCUUAUGUCAAAGAUGAAUGAGCCAUUAGAUAUCUGCUUAAAAUCCUACAAUAGCAGUGAGCUUAACACAGCUUUCAAAAGAGCUUGUCAAAACAAUAGAGACUAAGUACGUAAGCAGUUUCUACCUUCAUGGUGCAAAAACAAACCCCAAUAUAAAUCGAUUAUAGACAUUUGUGAUAUAUGUUAGCUGUCUGGGAAAAUUACAAAAAAUAAAUAUAUUUUUAUACAUGAAAAUGAACUAAAUUUAAAAUGAACGUUCUAAGAGUGAAGUAGUGUUUGUCUCAGAAUAGAUUUUUAAAUACUGGAUUUUGCUACUUUUUAUGGACCCACUGCUUCGUAAUAACCAUUGAGUAGAUUAUUUUCUUUAAAAAAAUAAAUAAAUAAAUCUUUGCAAUAUUUUGUGUUGCAAAAAUCAACAUCUGACAAUGUCUGUUACAGGGGUACAAGCGCCACCGCAGACUUUGAGACUCAAAGACCACAUUGCAAAUAAUGUGCUUUUAAAAUGGGCUUUUUACAUUUUUUUUUAUUAAUUAAUAUUAAGGAGUUUAAAUAUUGUGUUUAAUUAAACGUGCUAUUUUAUUUUAGUUUCUUUGCUUGGAGCUAACUUUACUAUAAAAAUUUAAAAUCAUAUCUAUUUUGGCUACAUUCAGAUACACUGCCUCACCUCACCCCUGAUCCCCCUGAGGAGUGCUUUGUCAGAUGUCGUCAUUGUCCAUCCAAUCAGCAGUGACCAUCAGCAACUUUAAUCACUCUGGCAUUUAAUGGUUAAUCUCCGUACUAAGUGCACUCACUAACAAUGGCUAAAUCCCAUUUAAUGGCUCUUUACGGCACAGCCCUUGCUCCAAGUUUGUAGAUCUCUGAAAAAUGUUGAUGUGUAACUCACAUUGUAGCAAACAGGAGUUAUUUUGUGUCACGUCAUUAUUGAACAUACACGGUAAUUUGCGGGCACAGUCCCACUGGACGACUUGUUACAAUGAUAGUCCAUUGUUUCGCACCUCAUACAAAUCAGCGAUAUUACGUUUGUUUCACAUAACAACCAAACUGUGAGAAAAAUGGAAGCCUUUGAAUUCAAGAGUGCAAAAACAGUGAGUUAUAUAGAAGUUGCCAUUAUUAGUCAAGAAGGGGAAAAAAUCCCUGAACUUGACCUAUUGUGACUUAAAAUCUUGCAACUUGCUAGAAUAUUUAGAUUGAAAUAUUAUUAGGUUUAGAGUUGCUGUAUAUACUGUCCAGAAUUAUUUCUAUACAAUGGCUUUGCACCCCCCAUGAGCUUUGUCUUCGAAACAUGUUGCAGUUGAGUAAGUGGAAAUAGAGCAAGAGGUAAAUCUGCAUUCACCUCAAAAAGGGUACCCCCAGCUGACAAAGCAUCCUAGGAACUUCUGGGCACCCCGGGAUUAUACGAUGGGAUUGUAUUAGUUCGCGAUGCAGACUAGACAUUCGCCAUUCUCAUUCUUGUUAUGACACGUUGAAGAAUUAUGAUCAAUUGUUCUCUGUAAUUAGAUGGCUGAACAGAUGUGUCGCCUCCACUUAAAACCAGGAAUCCAUUAUUCUAAUGGUCAAAGCUUCACUACUGAAUUUUCCCCCUCCCCGAUUAUAAAAUAUGCUGAGCUACUCGUUGUACAGUGUAGCCAACAAUCUAAAGAAAUAGGGGAAAUAUAUGCCUAUUAUAUAUCGUAAAUCGUAUCGUUAGAGAAUGAUUUUAAUUUCUGAAGGGUAGAUUUAUUAUCAUUUUUAGCAUCGACGUGUGCUUGCAAUUUGUACUAAAAUACCAUAAGUAAAUAACUGUAAAUUGUGUUGUACGCUGUUAGGAAAGGCAUUAAGUGUCUGGCUGGUGUCCUCAUCUAUAAAUAUAAAUUAGUGAUGGAAAUGUAGGAGCCGUGAAAAGAGUAAUGGGUUGAUUUAUUGGUCAUUAAAGAAAAAAGAUAAUUCAGCCAUGUUUGAUAAAAGUCUGAAAUGCCAAUCUUUUCCAUAUCAUACCGAUAAAUCAACCCAUUACUCUCUUACAAGACCCAGGAUUGUGUGUAUAUAGUAUGGCUGACUUUAAAAAAAUCAAUAAAGAUAAAAAUAUAAAAACAAAGAUUCCACGAUUCUCCCAGAUUGCUAUGUAGGAUAUUCAAAUGAGUUUACUCAGCAUUAACAUAUUGAUCAAUUAUAACGGUUUUAAGAAGAGCUGUUUUUGGUUUUAACCUGACUUGUAAUUAUUAUCAAGCCACCAGAAAACAAAUGAUAUACAUUUUUGUGAGUUGAUAAAUAGUUGUUCCCGUUAACCGAAAAACAACAACAGUUUUGGUUGGUCGUGAGAAUAUUUGUGCAAGUGUUGUUCAUGAAGUUGAGAGAUUUGUCAGUCGUUUUGUGUAAAGGUAAGGCACCUGGUGGAAGGUUUCUUGAAGGGCAUUUUCAUUGUUUGAAUCUUCUACACGUUAAUGUAUGAUCCUUGUUUUUAAGUAUUGAAAAAAUAUAUAUCUUUUUGGAGGUCAAUGUGGACAACUCAUUGAGCUAGCCUGGGACAGGUCAGAAAAUACUAAUUUAAAAAGAAGCCUCUGCCUUGAAAGAAAUAAAUGGAGAAAAUUCACACUACUAGCUCUCUAGGUUCUAGGUAAAGAGGACACUUUUGACUCUUCUCCUGUACAAUAGCUUAUGACACCUAGGUAGCAGUAUCCAUAUUAGUCCUUGAUUGGCAAUGUCCCUCCAUAUUUCUGAACCUGAAUAGUGAUCCACACUUUUGUCUUCUCUCCACAGCAGUCCAGCGAGGUCGAAUGUCUCAUCCACAAACUAGCCCUGGCCAGUAUGCGCUCAACAAUGUUGAUCCCUAUAAUGGACACUCCUAUCUAACGGGAUUCAUCUCCUUACUUCUACGAGCGGAGCCUUACCCAACGUCUCGCUAUGGAGCACAGUGUCUGCAGCCUAAUAACAUCAUGGGCAUCGAGAACAUCUGUGAGCUAGCUGCCCGACUGCUUUUCAGUGCUAUUGAGUGGGCCAAAAAUAUCCCCUUUUUUCCUGACUUCCAGCUCUCGGACCAAGUCUCUCUUCUCCGCAUGACAUGGAGUGAGCUCUUUGUUCUGAAUGCAGCACAGUGCUCCAUGCCCCUUCACGUAGCUCCUCUUCUAGCAGCUGCUGGUCUUCAUGCCUCGCCCAUGUCUGCUGACCGUGUGGUGGCCUUCAUGGACCAUAUAAGGGUGUUUCAAGAACAGGUGGAAAAACUGAAGGCACUUCAUGUUGACUCUGCUGAGUAUUCCUGUUUGAAAGCCAUUGCAUUGUUUACACCAGGUGAGUAACAUUAUUUAAUCAAAUAAUAGUCAUGUCUUCUGUAUCAUAAGGUCAACACCUUGAAUGGAUUUUAUGAAUUCUAGACCAAGCAUCUCUUUCCAAAGCUCUGGUACUAAUGACACAUAUGGCCCCAGAAACACAGAUGUGGUUAUCUGCGUUUUAAUCCUUUUCACACAAACACUUUAGGAAAAUAGCUUUAGGGUAAUCUAACACUUUAGUGGCUCCUGUGACUUGUUGAUGUUUUCAUUAAAUUAGUUUUUCACCAUCAAGGGAUUAUCAACUUUAAGAUAUUACAAAUCUUUGUUGUAAGGAUGUCACCUUGCAGUUUACAGGCUCAUUUCCCUUAAGGCUAAGUAGACAAACGCCUAACAACAGCCAAGGAACCAAGACACCAGUCUACAAUCACCAAUUAGCUUUUUGGGUAAAUAAUGUAAUCUUCUGAUGUGGCUCCCAGCGUACAGUGGGAUAGAACUUUAAAUAAUUACCAAAAAAAUAUUCAUUAAGUGGUGUAGCCAAACAAAACACAACACUGCGUCAUAACUUGGCGGGUCUUAAAUUGUAACGUGUGCUACUGCUUAAAGGGACACUAUAGUCACCAGAACAACUACAGCUUAUUGAAUUUGUUCUGGGGAGUAGAAUCAUUCUUUUUAGACUUUUUUGCUGUAAAUACUGUCUUUUCAGAGAAAAUGCAGUGUUUACAUUACAGCCUAGUGAUACCUUCACUGGCCACUCCUCAGAUGGCUGUUUGAGAUCCUUCCUGGGUCAUGGCUGCCUAAAAUGCAUCCACACAUUCAGUAUCUCCUCCCUCUGCAUGCAGACACUGAACUUUCCUCAUAGAGAUUAAUUGAUUCAAUGUAUCUCUAUGAGGAGAUGCUGAUUGGCCAGUGCUGUGUUUGAAUCAUGCUGGCUCUGCCCCUGAUCUGCCUCUUUGUCAGUCUCAGCCAAUCCUAUGGGGAAGCACUGUGAUUGGAUCAGGCCACCACUUCUGAUGAUGUCAGCAGACUGCUUGUUUUUCUGAGGCAAACAGCAUGCAGAUCUACAGCUUCUGGCUUGAAUACAGUAAGAUGAUGCUAUAUUUAUGGAGGCAUGAGGGGCCCAGGGGGGUCCCUUCUGACACUAUAAAGUCAGGAAUACAUGUUUGUGUUCCUGAUCUUAUAGUGAUCCUUUGAUGCAAACAACAAUCUAUUUGGAAAUCCAUUAAAAACCAGCUCACACCCUCCAAAAACACAUUCAGAUUUGCCUCCUGAAAAGGCACACACUGGGCAUUUAAUUCAAAUCACCUUAGAUUCCCAAGGAUUCCUAGCUGUGCUUCCACAACCUUAAGUAACCAUAGAAAUCAAAGUUGCUUUAUCUCCCCAGAGUAACAUCGUGUUUGUGAUCAGGUGGAAUGAUUUGGCGGGGUGGUCAAUGCUAUCAGGGAUUCUAAAUUGACCUGUUAGUCAGGGGUGAUAUAUUGCAAGAUCGUGGUGAAAUGGUUCAGUUGGUUAAUGUACCAAUAGUGGAGCCUAUUCAAUCUACUCCCUUCCGAGGUCAAUGAAAUGAGUACCAUUAAUUUGUGUUUCAGUGACAUCUAUUAAUGAGCUGCUAAAUUGAUAAAACACUUUUAGUGUACAAUUAUGUAUUACUAUUAUAUUAAUGGGGACUAGAACAUUUUAUACAGUAUAGGCCUUGAUAUAAUAUUGUUGGAUAUGUUUUUCCAAUGGUUUAAUAUUUUUAGACUUUUAAAAUAAUUUUUUUCAAAUAUUAAAAUAUCCAAAAAUAUAACAGUUCUAAAAUACAUAUCAUGAUGUCAAAAAGUAUUAAAAUAUUUUUCAUAAAACUAAAUCAUUUUAAAAGUUUAUCCAAAAUAUUAAAUUGAGGCCAUAGUCUUAAAGUGGCACAGUCACUUGUAGAAUCUUUACAGUUUUUGCAAUGAUUCUUUAAGGUGGCAAGUUGACUCCAGUUAGAGGUGGAAAGUAGAUACACUUAGCCGAGCCUCUUUCCCUUCGGCAGUUCCAUAUUCCUGUCUCCUCUUCCAUGUUCACCUGGCAGGAGUCCAUAUGACUGAUGUACUCUCACACAUGAUGUGGCAAUGGUAUUUGUUUUUAAAAUUCUAUCUUCAUGUGUGACAUUCAAAUUCAUUACAGGGAAACUCUAAGCACCUAACUCAUUACAUUAUAAUGUAGUUGUUUUGGUGCAUAGAAGCGGUCUCUUUUUUUGAACAAAGUUAAUAAUUGCCUUUUCUGAGAAUCACCUCUAGUGGCUUCCUCCUUAAGACUUGUGAUUUCCGUUGGUCUUUACGUUCGCUGCCACACUAAGUGUUGGAUUCAGUUGUUUUCUGUGAGAAGCAUCUGAUUGGCAGAUCACAGGGAUUAUAGCACAUUCUUUGUAGGUCCCCAAUUCUUCUCCAUGAAAAUAAUUGUAUUGUAAUGAGUCAUCAGAUUCCGAUGAUCUCACAGAAGGAGGACUGGAUUACAUUAAAGUAUUAGGACGUUUUGUUUUUAAAGUUUAGCUUGAUGAAGCAGGUUUAGUGUAUAGAUCACUGCUCAAUUCUCUGCCUGAAGCCUUCUGUUUAUAAUUAAAGUUCAAUUUACAGAGCAGGAUAUAAAAAUUUCUAAAGUAAGUUAACAUCUGAUUAAUAUGAAACCAUUAUGUUUCCAUGCAGGUUGUGUGAGUUAUAGUCAGGGGAGGUGUGGCUAUGGCUGCAUAAACAGAAACAAAGUGAUUUAACUCCUAAAUAGCAGAUAAUUGAGCAGUGAAAUUGCAGAGGCAUGAUCUAUACACAAACACUGCUUUAUUAAAAUAACAUUGUUUUGGUGCUUAUAGCAUCCCCUUAAGCUUACAGUAUUCAUUUAAAUGAGUCUGACAGCCAGUAUACCUCCAAUGGCCACCUACAGCACUGCAUGUACCAUUUGACUAUCAAAAUCACAAGAUUACAGGUAUAUAAAUAAAAUAUUGGGCUGAAUAAUACCCCGGCACGUAGGUAAUCCUGCUUACUUAUAGCAGCUCAGAAAUAUCUGCAGACAGUAAUACAUUUCAGAGUAUAUAUAUAUAAUGGAGUUUAUUGACUAAACAGUCAAUUGUAAUGAGUUGAAAACCGCUCGAGAGGAGAGUAAGUGCCUCCCCUCGCCCAAGUACGAUUCGUAAUGGAAUUCAUCACUGCUAGCGGGGUCUUCUGUGCCGGCGGGGCUACUGUUUUUUGACCCUUCCCCGUUUGCCCCCCCCCUCCUUUUUUCCCUCCUCUAAACCUUCCUCUAAUUUACUAUAUACUCUUUCCUAUCUAUCUCCUUUUCUUCCUCUUUUCUUUCUUUUUUCUUUGCUUUUGUUUUUAAUUUUUUCCAGGCUAGGUCAUACGAUGGGAGGAAAAUGAAACAAUGACACGAUACUGAUUAACAUAUCUGAUUGAUUGCUGUCAUUGGUACCUACUUAUAUCAUGAUCUGCAUAUAUCCUCUCCAUAGUUGGCAAACGCCUAUCGUACAAUGAGAAUGGGGUUGGCAUUAAUAGAGCGGAGUGGUACGUGAUUGAUCCUAUCUGGCAUGACAGUUAUUUAGCUUAUACAUAGGCCCAGUUGGGAUCUCAUGCUUAGUAUUGAUAAGGAGCUCAUAGACUACACGAUAUCUACAUAACCGGCAGAUGCCAACAGUGUGGCAAGGCUGGAGUUCAUUCAGGGUGACCAAAGGAAAUGUACUUUAAUUGACUUAUCUAUCAGCCUUAACAGGGAUUGGGAAGAAGACGUUUCCUUUUUUUGUGAAUAUAUUGUUUAUAAUUGCAUAAAAAUAAAAAAUCCUCAGUAGACGGCAAGUUCCGAUGGCUCACUUAUGAAUGGGCAUAUACUGUAAUUGUCAAGCUGUAUUAUGUAUGCUAUUAUUAUUACAAUGGCUUUUGCAUAAGCCCAAAGUCGUUAAUAACUUGAUAUGUCUAUUGAGUAAAAAUAAAGAAUUUAAAAAAAGUAAUGAGUUGAAAACCAAAUUGCACAAUUUAUAACAAGAUUUAUAACCUAGGAAGUUUUACAAACAUACCGGUACUCACAGGUUGGCUGUUUUAGACUGCAUGUGGUUUACAGAUCACUUUAAUCACUGUUUAGUGAAUAAAUGUCAUAUGUUCUGAAUGGUGACUAUAUCCUUAUAAGUCUCUAAAUAAAUCCCAAUCAGAAAUGGAUUGAAACUGGUGUCGGCUAGCUCAGAAACUGCACAGAAAGUAAUUUACUGAGAAAUUCUGCAUUAAAUAAUAAGUAAUUCCCGUGUCUCUCUGAACAAUCAGCUGAAUAAGGGUUAUAAAUCAGUAAAAAGACACCGGGGUCCCCUGAACUUACAUGUAGAGUGGAUACCACUGAAAAUCUUGGAAAAAUCAGUGUUUCCAUAAAUGUCCUAUACUUUGUAUGAAAGACUGCAAAAUUGUGUUUACAAACUUAGAGAAAAAGUUUUUAGCUGAUAUUCAGAAUAUUUUGCAAAUUUUUUUUAUAAAUCCUGGGCAGCACUCAGCCCCUCUUUUCAUGUUCACGUUAAUUGAAGUGUCGCAUUUUCAAACCUUACGUAAAACUUGUUUCUGUUUUACACAAUCCGCCUGAGCGAGACGAGCUCUAGUACUCGUAGGGUUAAGGUUUGAUGUUGAACCUCAGCGGUAACAAUCACCUAGAUUGAUUUAUUGUUCACCAGAGACCAUCGUCCAAAAAGAGGGCCUCACAGGUCAGAUAUAUAAUGUCAGGCAGCCGUACAAAGGCAUUCUUGUCUGUUUGACCUUCGGAGUGCAGAAUGCUCACAGCUGACAUUCAUUUCUGGGUGUCCCUGCUUAGCUGGGCCUGCCCACCUGCUCCCCUCCUGCAGGCACUGAGAAUUGGUAUUCCGAGCACACCCCAGCACCAAGUACUUUCCAUUAACCCCGCUGACAGCAGAGUACCUCCAACCUUAACCCCUUCCUUGCCGAGCAAUUCAUCAGAACUGCUGUGCCACAACAGCCUUUACUAAUGAAGGGUGUAAGACACACGACUUCUAGCCUACAUGGGUUCAUUCACUUAAUGGGAGUUCUAGGACGUUAGCAAAUUGUAGGCCACAAGAGUCAGAGAAUGUUUUACAAUCGGUUUAUUUUGGCCCGAAAUUUGCAAUUCUCUCUCAAUAUUCUAUAAUUUUUCAGUUAAACGACUAACCCAAAGCAGGGUCUUUAAAAUCUCCAAUAAAAAUUGACAUUAUGUGAAAACAAUACAGAUUGCAGACAUGUUUUCGUACACCGCGGUGCAUUCACGAAGGUCUAUAGCCGAGCGAGACACAUUUUUCUAGAGCAGAUAUUCUAGCCUCGGUUUUGAAAUGUGAAUUUCAGUUCAUUACAAUUGAGGCUUAAAGGGUUAAUUAAAGCACCAUCACUUCUUCAGUGAUUUGAAAUGGUCAUGGUGCCUGGAGUCUGCGCAUGCGCAACGUUUCACCAUGAAUUGGAACGAGACUUCCGGGGCGGCUUAUAUCAAUUCUGCAUGAAUAUUACUAUGUACACAAUAUCAAUCAUUGGCUGAGAGUGCUGAGCGGAUGCUCUCUCUCCAAUAAGUGCGUGUCAGGAUUGGCAUGGUAUGACACCCAGUACCAGAGGACCCUCGACACCCAGCUUGACCCUGGUCGGUUUCCCCCAUUACCGGGAAAUAGGGUCAAAGUACUCCUAGCAUCAUAACCCCUACCAAUGGCUGUACAGCAGUUUGCAGUGGUUAUGGUGCUGGCAGUAACACUUUAUAAGUGAAUGAAUCCCUUUAUAUUAAGGCACGUAUUAGUUUGGAUUUUCUGUAAAGGAAUAAAUAUUCACCCUGCUUUCACUCGUCUAAAACGAAGGGCUUUAUUAAUUAAACUGGGAACUGCUUCAAAAUAAAAAUUCAAUUGCAAAAAGUCGCCUGGAAUAACCGUGUUGGACAAAAUAGCUUAAUUGGGAGAAUACUUCCAGCACAUUUGCUAAAUUAAUCCUUCAAUUCAAUUUAGAAAUUAGAUUCCUAACCUCUCCGUGCUGCUAAGAUUAUCCAUACUGAACAGAGAGUCAUCUAAUAAAGGGACCCACCAGAUACAUAAAGUGAUAAAAUAUUAUAUCAAACGCAAACUAGAUGCAUUGUUUAAACAAUAAGUACAGUAAUAUUUGAAUAAAAUGCCAACUCACCAAUUCAAUAACUUCAUGUGUAUUGUUCUUUGUUUACUAAUCUAUAUGUGUAUUGGAGGGGGGCCCUUUAACAUGUGUGACAUGUCAUGAUUCCCUUUUAUUCCAGAAGUUUGGUCCUUAAAGGACCACUCUAGGCACCCAGACCACUUCAGCUUAAUGAAGUGGUCUGGGUGCCAGGUCCAGCUAGGGUUAACCCAUUUUUUAUAAACAUAGCAGUUUCAGAGAAACUGCUAUGUUUAUCAAUGGGUUAAGCCUUCCCCCUAAUCCUCUAGUGGCUGUCUCAUUGACAGCCACUAGAGGCGCUUGCGUGCUUCUCACUGUGAUUUUCACGGUGAGAGCACGCAAGCGUCCAUAGGAAAGCAUUGUAAAUGCUUUCCUAUGCGACGGGCUGAAUGCGCGCGCAGCUCUUGCCGCGCGUGCGCAUUCAGCCCAGGAGGAGGAACGGAGGAGGAGAGAAGGAGGAGAGCUCUCCGCCCAGCGCUGGAAAAAGGUAAGUUUUAACCCUUUUCCCCUUUCCAGAGCCGGGCGGGAGGGGGUCCCUGAGGGUGGGGGCACCCUCAGGGCACUAUAGUGCCAGGAAAACGAGUAUGUUUUCCUGGCACUAUAGUGGUCCUUUAAGGGGUUAAGAGAAUAAUUAAUCAUUGGUUUGAUUUCUUUGUAUUUAUGUUUUAUCCUUCCUUAGAUUUGCAUUUCAAAUGGGAUUCUUUAAGAGCAAAUUAGUAAAAAUAGGCAAAAAAACUACAAAAAAAUCAAUACAUAAAAACAAGGGAUUCAUUCAGAGCGAUCACAGCGAUUAGAGAAUAUUGAUAAUUUGUCCAAAUCAACUCAGUUAUCCACUUCCAUCUUAUCACUAUUUAGUGAUUAAGCCUUUAAUUUUAAUUUCUCAAAUCUCCAUCCGUUGCCUGGUCUGACACCAUCCAUUGCCUGGUCUGACACCGUCCAUUGACUGUCCAUUGCCUGGUCCGACACUGUCCGUUGCCUGGUCUGACAAUGUCCGUUGCCUGGUCUGACACCAUCCAUUGCCUGGUCUGACACCGUCCAUUGACUGUCCAUUGCCUGGUCCGACACUGUCCGUUGCCUGGUCUGACACUGUCCGUUGCCUGGUCUGACACCAUCCAUUGCCUGGUCUGACACCGUCCAUUGACUGUCCAUUGCCUGGUCCGACACUGUCCGUUGCCUGGUCUGACAAUGUCCGUUGCCUGGUCUGACACCAUCCAUUGCCUGGUCUGACACCAUCCAUUGACUGUCCAUUGCCUGGUCCGACACUGUCCGUUGCCUGUUCUGAAACUGUCCGUGGCCUGUUCUGACACUGUCUGUGGCCUGUUCUGACGCUGUCCGUUGCCUGGUCUGACACUGUCCCUGCCCCAUUGCCUGUUCUGACACUGUCCGUGGCCUGUUCUGACACUGUCCGUUGCCUGGUCUGACACUGUCUGUUGCCAGGUCUUACACUGUCCCUGCCCCAUUGCCUGGUCUGACACUGUCCAUUGGGGGAGUCUCAGGAAUAGUCAGCCUAUUGUAACAGUUGGAUCAACACAUUGAUUCCAAGCCGAUUUCAAGUUUUAGGCCACAAUAUCUGAACUAAAUCCAGUUUUGUUGUACAUUUUUUCCAGUUUGCCUAUUUCAGCCUAUAAUUUGAAUUCCCAACAGUUCAAACAUUUAGAAUAAACUCUGUGUGAUUAAUUCACUAAACGCCGAAUUACAGGGAAUCGAAAAAAACUGCAAGGUUGACCCUGAAACAGACGAGCUGUGACUAUAGCUUUCCCAAUUAGCUCUAAUUAGACACCAUCCUGCAAUUCAGUUCCAGUUCAGUCCAGUGGGGAGUUCAGUGAGUGUCAGUGCCGGCUCAGUCCAGUGGGGUGUUCAGUGAGUGUCAGUGCUGGCUCAGUCCAGUGGGGAGUUCAGUGAGUGUCAGUGCCGGCUCAGUCCAGUGGGGAGUUCAGUGAGUGUCAGUGCCGGCUCAGUCCAGUGGGGAGUUCAGUGAGUGUCAGUGCCGGCUCAGUCCAGUGGGGAGUUCAGUGAGUGUCAGUGCCGGCUCAGUCCAGUGGGGAGUUCAGUGAGUUGUUCAGUGCGUGUCCGUGAGCCUGGAACACGUCAAUCAGCUAACUCGGAUUGUUAUUGCCCACUAUGGCUUGUUAACGCGCCAGCUGGGAUAGUGUGACAGAGAGCAGGCGUCAUAGAAUGAGCUUAAUGGGGAGUACAGUCAGGCACCUGCUCGACCUAAUAAUUAUAUAAAUAUUCUGCACGCGCACUUACUGUAUAGGAUUUCAUAGCAUUGCACGCGUCACGCAUUCUUUCCCUACAAACAAUAUGCUGUUAUUCCAAGACUUGGCAGCGAGAGCAUUGUGUACUGAUCAGUACCGAGUAUUACAACAUACCGCCCAAGGUAUCAUAUUAUUCAUUAUGGGUUGAGGCCCGUCAACCUUCGCUCUUUCAUUUGUCUCCAAGAUAAAGGAGCAAGCAAGUAAAACGUAGAAUGUUAAAUUCUUUUUUUUAGAGAUUUUCUCCCUUUUUCUAAGAGUGCCAGUUGCUUUCCCCCCCUUGCCACGCUAAACAGGGUCAGCUGAUAGUUUACAGGGAACAUUUCACUUAUGCAAACUGAUGGACGGGGCAUGAAAAGUGCUGACGUGUAGUAUGUAGAGUUCGAAUAUUAAGUGGUUAAUCAGGAAUCCUGCACUAUAAACAUGGUGGGUUUAGCAAUCCUAGACGGACUGAUUUAUACUGCCAAACUGUACAUUGCCAACCCGACAUAUGUAGAAAAUGUGACAGCACCGCUUUACAUACAAAUAGAUAUACAUAUACAGUGUUUGGAAAAAACUAGACAAGUUUGCAAGUUUGGACCCCACAGGCAUCCUGUAAUAUAUUAGCUCCUUUUCUUAUGUCUGGGUGUUUGACCCAGAAGUGAGCUACAACACCCUAUCUAUUUUCUGUCAGGAGUUACAUUGUGUAGGUAUCCCAAGAGGGCUUUAUUGCACUCUUUAUACCGUUAGCUUUUUGUCAAAAAUAUAUGGCUGCCCUCUUCUCAAAAGGAGGCCAAGGAAACAUUUGUACUAAUUUUACUUUAAAAAAAAUCAAAUGAAAAUGGAUCUGUCAUUUUAUUUGGAUGUUUUUCCCACUGUUAUACCUUAAUAGUGAGUUCAGGUCAGGCAUUGGGUUAAGGGUGAGGUGAGAUUUCGGAGAAGAAUAUCAGAAAUGAGCGGAAUUACAGCAAUGUGGGUGUGAGAGGGUAUAGGCCAAUCACAUGAGAGGGUAAGCAAACAAAAAACCUGGAUGCCCCCAUCAGUUCAGGAAUACAGUAUCAAACCCAGAACAAUCAAUUCCGCUUGUUGAUAAAAUCACUGCCCUAUCCUAUAUUGACCACGAUGAGCUAGGAUUCGGGCUUGGUUAGAGCUGCUAACCCACCAUGUUUUUAUGGUCAUAUAGCACUGCGACAUGGGCAGUAUGUGAAAGGUGCUGCCCUGCACGAUGGAGGCACCAGGAUUCCCCUCCUGCAGCAUUUUAAUGCUACAUACUAAAGGGCAGUACAUCUUAUAUACAGCUAGGCGUGUCCAAGAAAACUUGAAGGAUCUGGCAAUACUAGUUUUGUUAUCUUCUAUUCAAUUCUGUUUAAUAAUCUCCUUUGAAAUAUGCAAAGCUAUCAAACCAUUGACACAUUUCUACAAAAGUAGAUUUUUUUUUAAUAUCCAUAAUUUUGUUUAUGAAGUCUACUCCUCUGUUAACCAUUCGUAUUGUUUAACCCGACGAUGCUAACUCUUUUCAUCUUGUCUUCUAGAUGCGGUGGGAUUGUCUGACAUUGGCCACGUGGAAAGUAUUCAGGAAAAAUCUCAGUGUGCUCUAGAGGAGUACGUAAGAAAUCAGUACCCUAAUCAGCCCACCCGAUUCGGGAGACUUUUGCUCCGGCUUCCUUCCUUGCGCAUUGUCUCUGCGCCUGUUAUAGAGCAACUCUUCUUUGUUCGUCUAGUUGGCAAGACGCCCAUUGAGACAUUAAUUCGAGAUAUGCUUCUGUCCGGGUCCAGUUUUAAUUGGCCAUACAUGCCAAUGCAGUGAUGGGGCUGACUCCGCCAUUUACAUCUUCUGACUUCCAGAUCAGGAGAAGCUUUCUCAGAAAGCUAAUUCUCGGAGGUAACAAAAACAUAUCAAAUGGAAGCCAACUCUUACACAUGUUGAGGAGUUGUCCUCAAUCAUACUAGAGCACUCAAAACGAAUGUUACUCUCAGAGAAAGUUUAAGGUAUUCCUACCAAAUUAUAUUUUCGUACCCAACUCUUGAAGUUCACUGGCCAAGUAACUUAAGACUGGUGGGUCCAUUCUCUCCUCUGCACAUCAACAAAACCUAAAAUAUGAACAGUCAAUUAAACUCAUCAAUAACCAUUGAAUGAAUGCCGUUUUGCCAGUGGGAGGUCAUUGUGUGUUUACGCAUCUGUGCAAAUCAAGCAAACUUUACCGAACUAAGCACCAAAGGUGAUUUUCCUACCAAUGUCAGCAAAUGUUCCUACAGAGAAACUGUGCACACCACCUGUCAUUUACUACAUUUUCCAAGACUUCCAUUGUAACGGAAUUCAUCGAAUGGGUCACGUGCGUAAAACGUCAAGAAAAAAAGGACCGAGAAAGACUAUUUAUACGUUCAUACUCCUGUUGGCUAUUUCAUGUUAAUGAUUGGCUGGCACUGACUUUUGCAACACAAAGCACUGAAUCAGCUGUGGCCACUACAUUUCUCUUAAGGCUGGCCAACAAUAGACUAUUUAUAAGAGAAAAGAAUGGGCAUUUGAUAUGUAUGAACUGCCUGCUUUUUCAUGAAAUGUAUAUUCUUCAUUCCUUUACUCUUUUCUCUUCUAAGUAUGUUUGUAAGAUAUUUUCUCGGUGUGAAUUGUGGAUUAUUUUUUUUUGGGAAAACCAGCAGCGAAUUCUUGUUUAUUUUGUCUGUUUGUUUUUAUCAGGUUGAACUGGCUAAUUAUUAAAAACAGUAUCUGCUCAAUACAAAUGUCUCUUUGGUAAAGAUUAUGCGGGGUGGUCUUGUAAGAGAAAAGGGGAAAAAUAGUGGAUGCCUAGCAUUCUAGAAUUCUGUCAAUCGGUUCGAUAAAUAGCCAUAGACUUUAUGCUCCUGCACCAAAGUAAAUUAUUGAAUGAUUGAAUUUUGGGUCUCCCAGCAGGGGCCAAUGGAACUCGUGAAAAAGUUCCAAAGGUUUUGACAAAUAAUUGAAUAAGUUAUGCUGUAAAUCCUUCAAUGUGUACAAUUUCUUUUCAAUGGUUAUCAGAUAGCAAAUAUUGGUUUAGAAAGGUGGGCAAAUAAUUGCAGAUGGUCCACGAUGAAUAAUGAAUCCUUAAUGCAAGUUACGUAGAUUUGUUUGUCAUAAAUAAUGGCAACAUGAUUUGGUAGAGAUUUUCAAUCAAGCUACUCUUACUAAAACUCGCAAAGGGAAGUCCUCCACAGUCCACUACUCUGCAACCAUGCUGGCAAAUCACACACAGUCACACAGAUAUUGUUAGUUAGGGAAUGUAACAGAGCACUCUAAAAGUAUAUUCAAUCACCCCAACCCAACAUUUCUCUCUACCAAUAGAAAGUAAUUA